AGGCUUAAAAGUUGGUCGUGAGGGAGGCGGGGAGAUGGCAGAGGUCGCGCGCCUAAGCUCAAAGCCGAAUGCGCGCGCGCGCUCCCCCUCCCUCCUCCAGCUGGACCCGGGACAAGGGGGAGGAGAGCGGCUCGCUGCCUUGGUAGCGGCGGCGACGCGCUGAGGCGCCUUUCCUGCCCCCUUUCUCCUUCCUAGCUGGAGGAGCCUGCCUGCCUGCCUGCCUGCCUGCCAUGCACCGCCCCGGGAGAAGGAUAGCCUGGGCCGCCGAGAGCCCGGAGGACCCUUUCGGGGUGGCGGCAGCAGCAGCAGCAGCGGGCGCUGGGUGGAAGGGAAGCGACGGCGCCCCCUCCUCCCGCUCCUCUUCCUCGACGGAGGAGGAGAGAGCAAAGGGGGCGCCCCCGGUGCGGGAGGCGGAGGCGCGGGACGAAGACGAGCAGCCCCUCCUGAGGGGGAUUUUCGGCGUCGGCAAGAGGAGCUGCGACGUGGUGCUGAGCGCGCGGAGGCUCAGCUGGAGCCCCAUCCAGCCCGAGAGGCCCGUAGGUGAGAGCGAGCCAAUGUGAGGAACAACAGCAAACGCUGCUUGGAUUUUUCUUCUGCUCCGUGCACAGCUUCCUCUGCUGAAUUCGGCGGGGUUUACCGCCGUGUAAGCGGAGCUACAGCCCGAGCAUGGCAGGAAGGGCUGCUGAGUUGACAACGGGUCUCGAACCCGCUUCGGCAGCGGGUGCAGCGCAGCCUCAGUUCCUUUCCUGCCCUCACAUUCCUCCGCCUCCAUCCCGCCCCCCUCUCCGCUGUGUCACUCAAAGACGUGCCGCCAAGGUGGGCAGGGCGUGACGUCAGAGGGUAGCCUGCCUCUCUUAGUGAAAUAAAAGUUUUGUUAACUUUGGGACUGGCGUGCAACCGAUGCGUGGGUUACUUGCAUAGGAGCCACCUCCUAGGGGCUGAUGUCCCUUUGCCCACCCCCCAAAUAACAUAUUUGAGCCCCACCCCAGAAAGUUGAUUGGCAUUGCCAUUCAAAUUGGGUGUGUACACCGCAUCAUGUGAUCGAUUAUGUGGGACAGGGCUUACCUGCCCCCUCUCAAUAUUUUAUUCAAGUUGGCAUCCUUGAUAGAAGGGGCUGGUAUUCCUUCGUGUGCCUCCCCCGUUAAAUAUUUCUGGGGGGCCAGCCACCCCCCCCAGUUGAUGGGCAUUGCCAUUCAAAUACUGUGCGUGAACCAGAUCAUGGGAUCAGUUUUGCAAGGCAGGGCUGCCUCCCCCACCAAUAUUUUAGUCAAGUUGACAUCUCUGUUUACCUGAGAAGCAAAUGAUGCUCUUUCUUGAGUGCUGGAUCAUGGGCAUCUGAAAUGAGGAAGAAUUUGCUGUCUCUUAAGCUGACAUCAGGAUGGAUCAUUUUGGCAGGGAAUAGCUACAGGAAAGAGUUUGGUUCUUUCCUAAUGAGCAUUGGAAUGCAUAAAAGAGAGGGUAAUGUUUUUAGGCACUGACUGGAAGGGUCCCCGGAUGUUUCACCGUCUAUUGAUCCCUGUGCCACCACUUUAUUUCUCGCUGCCACUACCCAGGCCCUACCUGGUACAAUACUGAGUCCAGUCAGGGUUAAAUUGGAACAUAAACUUCUGUUUAUUUAUUGCAGUUUAACAAGUGUGUGGUUUCAUAAACGGUCUCAGUCAAUUACAAUCAUGGGGGGCCUAUCCAGACCUAUAACUUCCGCUACCUGCUCUCACUCACUAAACCACCUUGUCUUCCUAGUUCCUAACUGUUCCUGACUCAGCUUAUUUCACUACACUAACUCAACCUACCCACAGACUCUAUCCCAAUUCACUCCCACUCCAACCAACCACCCAACUCCCAACAAACUCCUCCUUUCUGCCCCUCCCAGAGCUGGUUUUAUAGUCCCUCUGACUCCACUCCCCUGGGUUCUGAUUGGGUAACUUGUUUAACUAUUUCACCUCCAGCACUCUCAUAUGUUAACGUCACAUAGAGGCCAAACAAAAAAUUGGGGGCUGCCCAAUAGCCAUGGAAACAUGGAAUGGGUUGUGCUUGUGCACCCAGUCUCUCACAUUUUUGAUGCAUGCACACUUUAACAGUCAUCGCUCUCCCACACAAAGAAUUCCUGUAACUUUGUUUUGUUAAGACUGCUGGGUUUUGUGGCUUUGCGAGGGGUCUCCCAACAACUCUCAACAAACUACAGUUCCCAGGAUUCUUUGGCGGAAGCUGUGACUGUGAAAAGUGGCACAAGACUGGAAUGUAUGGUACGAUUGGAAGUAAUAUUUUAACACUAAUGGUUCCAAAUGGCUACUGAUACUCUUUGGAAUCCCACACACAGUCUUGCAGUCCUCAGAAUGAAUAAAGGUGCAAAAAUAUAAACAAGCCCCUUUCUGCAUGGCCAACUGAAUGCACAGGGUGACGACAUGGCAUCCUUCCUGUGCAUGAUUAUUGGGAAAUGAGUUAAAUGUUCAUGAAAUUUGCAACUCUGGUUGCAUACCUAGGAGAGUAAGGAAGAGGCAUGAGUGUGGUUGCUGAUGCUAUGUGCAGAGCAAGCACUACAAGGAAGUGAUAGUCGUGAGUUGAUUAGUCAGCCAAUAAAGGAACUGGUAUGUAAAACUCAGCAAAGUCCUAUAUAGGAAAGCAAGUAAAGAUGAUGACAUAAUGGCAUAAAAUAUGAAAGUCUAACAUACUGGUUGCUCACAACACAACAGUCUGAAAGGGAAUCCUAAUAUUUGUUGUAUGUGACAAGGGCUCAAUGGUCCAUGUAUGUUUUGGCUGCUGGGCUUAGAUACAUGCCCAAUGCUUUUUAUUGUUUUACAUUCAGUUAAAAGCAUUUGUAGAUGAGUUGGUGACCUGGUUGUUGUGCGGGAGACAGUGCUGUGUCCCCUGUCUUUCUAAUUGCACAACAUCUAUAGCCAUCAUUGGGUUUCCUCUUCUCACCUCCUCCCAACCUAGGCAUUAGUUUGCCCAGUGAUAUGGGAAGGUUUUUCUAAUGUUGCAAAAUCCAUUUGUAUCUGAUUUAUGAUGUUCAUGUUUCUUAUAUUUCGUAAACAAAUGAAAAAAAGGAUGUCAUGCUCAUUUUACAUUGUGUGUGUGUGUGUGUGUGUGCGCGCGCGUGUUUAUAAAUACCCCAACCCCAAAAGUUUUAAAAAGUGAAAUAUUUGAUUAGGAAAAAGAAAGAAUGCAUUAUAAGGGUGGAUUCCUACAGUGUACAGUUGUAAGAGCUUGUUAUGAUACUACAACAAAGCAGCCUUCUCUGGACACAUUAACUCUGUUAAGCUUUAAAGGGUGGGGAAUCUAUGGCCCUCCAAAAGUUUUUGGAUUCCUGACUCCCCCCAGCCAGACUCGGCAUGACCAAUAGUCAGAGGUGUUGGGAGAUGGAAUACAAUAUCUGCAAGGUUACAGGUUGCUUGCAAGUUUCUCCUUUUGGGGCAAGGUACUCAAGUGGGUAAUAGCUACCCACGUCCAAACAUCUUUGUGUGAUGGAGAUUAAGGGUUAUAAACCCAUUUCUUUCAGGAUUCUGACUUCGUUUUGGGACUGAAACUGCUUUGCUUAUUCUGGUUGAUGGCCUGUUGCUGGAAGACAGACAUGUGCAGUUAACCUUCAUUGAUUUUAUUGGACUUUUAUUGGCUUUCACAACCAUGGAAUCUUUCUUAAAGACCUUCUGGGGCUUUUAGUGGGAUUCUAAUAUAUCCAUGAAAUGACUGGGAUAGGUUAAUAGAUUUGAAGUCUGCUGUUACCAAUACAGUGCUAGAUGUCACCCACACGGCCACCUUUCGGCUAAUCACUGUUAUUGGUUCCAGUGAGCUACCUGGUCCAAUUCAAGGUUUUGGUAUUAAUUAAAAGCCCUCAAUGGUUUGGGACCCAGGUAUUUGGUAGAACAGCCCCACAGCUGACCCAGUAUCUAAGAUCUUUGGGCGGGGGAAACCUCAUAUUUCGUUGUGUGAGGAAAUGGGACAGAAUCUUCCCUGUUGUGGCACCCAAACUGUGGAACUCACUUCCCUUGGAAGUGUGUUUGUCCCCUUCACUUUUGAUAUUCAAGUGUCAAUUAAAAACACAUCUGUUUACGCAAAUCUUUGGAGGAUGAAUCUAUUUUAGUACAAACAGCAUGAAGCAUUUUUGUAAUUUACAUAGAUUUUAUUUUUAGAAAACCAAUGUAUGUUUUUUUAUGAGGUGGUUAAAGGUAAAGGUAAAGGGACCCCCAACAGUUAAGUCCAGUCGCGAACGACUCUGGGGUUGUGGCGCUCAUCUCGCUUUACAGGCCGAGGGAGCCAGCGUUUGUCUGCUCCACAGACAGUUUUUCCAGGUCAUGUAGCCAGCAUGACUAAGCCACUUCUGGCACAACAGAACACUGACACCAGAGCAGCGCAUGGAAACACCAUUUACCUUCCUGCUGGAGCGGUACCUAUUAAUCUACUUGCCUUUUUGGUGUGCUUUCGAACUGCUAGGUUGGCAGGAGCUGGAACCGAGCAAUGGGAGCUCACCCCAUCGCGGGGAUUCGAACCGCUGACCUUUUGAUCGGCAAGCCCAAGGCUCAGUGGUUUAGACCACAGCGCCACCUGCGUCCUUAUGAGGUGGUUAGAUACUGUCAUUUUAAUGUAACACUGUCCCAGUGUUCAAAAUUCCCUGGGUUCCAGGCACAUUUUGUUACUUUGGGUGGUUUACUUGUGACCAAUUUGAGAUGUUUUGUCACCAGGUUUCGUGACUGACAUCUCCAUCUGGCUGGCUGGAAAUGGUAGUUACUCUGGAUUAAUUUGCUCAAAAUACAAAUAUAUGGUUUGGGGUGUUCUUUUUAUUCUUGAUGCAUUCUUUUUGGAUUGGUUAAUUGCUUCCAUUUUUCAAAAGGCCACAAACGACCUUAAUUGAAGGGAAUUAAUUGAAACGAAAUAAUUGAAGGGAAUUAAAACAGCGGCAAAAAAGAAAAAAAAAGAAAAACACAAUAUACUUUUUGAAUUUUAUUGUGCUGACAAUGUACACAAUUUAUUUUCAGCUUUGUAAUCUUGUUGGUUUUUAUUUUAUUUUAUGGCACCUAGACACUCCGUUGUGAUGACUGUCACUGAUUUGUAAGGUGCCAUUUGGUGAAUAUUUUAUAUAGCUGAGUUUCUUACACUGUACUGUCCUGAGCUCAGGACAGCAUGGGGGGGGGGGGGGAGAGUUAGGAUUGCUCUGUAACUCACUGCAUUUUUAUUACAUUUUACUCUUUGUGAAGUUACCUUGAAUACAGUUUGCAGAAAUGCAGAUUUCAAGUUUUAAGAAUAAAUAGGUGCAACUCUCCCAGGUUGAUUAAAUUGUAGCAAGCAUUAUUUUCAUGGUUAUUUUCUCCCCCCACAGCUUGAACACAUGAGACAGAAUGGAAGGGAUAUCAAAAUUUUAGUGCAUUUUAGAAUCUUCCACUUAAUUAUACCCUUAACUUGUGGUGGCUGGUCUAUGUUUCUUGCAUAGUGGUGUCCUAUUAAGAAAAACAUACUGAGGUGUGAAAGAAUUUUACUGUAUGUUGAAAAACUCUAAAGCAGUAGCAAAAUGACUGUUCGUUAUCUUGGCUUGCAGCUUUGUUCACCUUAGCAAAGUCCUUUGUGUUUGCGUUAUUUUGUGAAGUUCUAUUUUUGUUGAUAGUGGAACUUAAUCGUUACCUUUAUAUUGCAUUUACAGAUCAAAUCUGAAUAGCUGUGAAUUCUGAGCAGUAUGUGCUUGCAUGCCUUAAUAGCCUGCUAUAAUCUUUAUGUAGCUUCUCCUUGCUGGGGGGGGGAGGGGAAUCUGGCAUUAAUUUCUGCUGGUUAUGAAUUCUUAUCGGAACAUUCUGUUGAAACAUAAUGUGUUGUACAUUUGAUACAUACAUUACCAUUCUGCCAUAAGGGCCUGCUAUUAUUUUAGACACCAACUGAUUUUAUGAUAGUAUUGGAUUUCUUUCACAUAUGCUUAUGUUUUUGUCCAGAUGAACUCAAAGAACAUCUGUUACUCUUGUGGUGGUAUCUGCUGUUUCCGUUUAGAAUUUGACCUUUUGGUUAAUUGCAGCUACAAUUCUCUAGUUUUUCAGUAUUGUGUGACUUAAACAAAAAAAUUUUUUUAGUACUAAUCAGCUAACUGUAGGAAGAUAGUUGAGUUCUGUCUCCCUUUGUCAUAUCUACAUAUUAGACCCAAUUGUUAAAUGGGCAUGGUUAUUUUGUUGUUAUUGGGCAGAGCAAUUGUAAUAGGAGACCACCGUUGCUCAGAGCUUCUGCCACAUUUGAAGAUCCAUUAGCUCCAGCUGGUCUGAGUGCAAGGGGCUGGGGGGGUGACAUUGUGUGUUUUGUGCACGUGCAGUUUUGGUUACGCUAACUCCCAGCUAUGUCUCCUGCAAACAGACUGACAUGGGAUCCGGGGAUCCUUGUCUGACACUGCUCUGCCUCUGCAUUUUGAAGCCUUACUCUGGCUACUGCCAGCAGGAACACCAUCCAAUGUAGCUUCACAACAGUCUACUCUUUCCGUGGGCACGAUGGGGACUUCCCAGUGUCAGAACUUGCUCACUGCCAAUUCUAAACCUCCCCCGGUAGUGCAGGAUUAAGAUCGCUCCCUUAUUCCCUUAAUAUUUUUAAAGUUAUUUGAACUGUGGAAGCUUUAUUGUUUGUUUGUUUGUUUUGUUUUUCAUUUCUGUGAGUUGCCUGCCGUUCCCCAGCUUGUCCUAUGGGUGUUUCAAAGGAGCAGCCAUCUAAAGUAACAACCUUCACAAGUUGCAGUUGGGUUAGACUCUAUUCCAGUGCCACAUAUUCAUUCAAAAUAAAUUAUUCUGUAUGAGUGUAAUGCUUCGGUGAAAGCAAGGGUGAAGCAGGGAUACUAUGGCAGCUUUCAUUGCACAUCAUACUAGUAUUUGAUGCAUUUGGGGUGAAGUCUUGGGAGGGACGUGGGUGGCGCUGUGGGUUAAACCACAGAGCCAAGGACUUGCCGAUCAGAAGGUCGGCAGUUCAGAUCCCUGCAACGGGGUGAGCUCCCAUUGCUUGGUCCCUACUCCUGCCAACCUAGCAGUUCAAAAGCACGUCAAAGUGCAAGUAGAUAAAUAGGUACCACUCUGGUGGGAAGGUAAACGGCAUUUCUGUGUGCUGCUCUGGUUUGCCAGAAGUGGCUUAGUCAUGAUGGCCACAUGACCCAGAAGCUGUACGCCAGCUCCCUCGGCCAAUAAAGCGAGAUGAGCGCCGCAACCCCAGAGUCGGUCACGACUGGACCUAAUGGUCAGGGGUCCCUUUACCUUUACCUUGGGAGAAACGGACUUCUGGAAGAAAUAUGCAGUGUUGUUUGGCAAUGGCACCAUAAAGUAUAAUAACAGGCAGAGCUAAUAUCAGCACAUGUUGUUGUUGGUUAAUCCAUGCCUCCAAGUUGCAUGGCUAGAACUGCCAUCAUAGGUCUGCUGACUUCUGGUAGAAAGUUACUAUUGCACGGCACAGUCCCAUGAGCGUAAGUUUUUACCUGCUAAUGAUCCAAAGCACUUGAAAAGAGCAAAAUGGGUGUUUUUUUGGACAGUUACCUUGUUUUGAAACCCUUUUAUUACCUGUCAGUGUGCUGGGUAACUUUCAGAUAAAGGCAACAGUUGUUUGCAUAGAACACUGAAAGAGUUGCAAACACUUCUAAAAAUUUACUAUUGUUGAUGUAAAGCUUGAAUUUUUUGCUCAGGCAUUUGCUAGGCAUGAAGGCUGGAGCCUGUUGUGAUUUACUAGCUUACUGGUUGUUAACAUAGGGCCAUAUUCAACUUAUUCAAAGUAGACACAUUAAAAUUAACAUCCCUAAUAUCUAUCUAUUUCAUUGGGUCUACUCUGAGUAGGAAUACAACCCUUAGUGAACAAUGGUGGCUUUUUCUGUCGCAUUUCUUUUUAAAAUGUAACACACCAGGCUCUGAGAUUGUGAAGAGUAGAUAAGAAAUAUAUUAAGUAAAUAAUAUUUAAUUGUAUAAACUAAUGCUUCUUGAAAUGUUGAAAAUAGCAUGUUUGCAUUCAUGUUUGGAAGUCUGCAAGAUUGCAGGUAUCAGUUGAGAAUUUAGUUUUCUUUGGGGGCUUUUAGUUCUCUGGUUAGACUAGGAAGCAUUCCCUUGAUAAGUAAACUUCUAAUGAUCUGAUUUUGUAUGCAUUAAACAUUUAAUUUUUUAUUGCAUUAAUAAAUUAAUGUCUCAACACAACAUAACUUAGUGGGCAAUAUAUUUACAAAGAAAAGGAAUCCGUGACCUGGGAGAAGAGAGAAUCGAGGAGGAUUGGAAGAAAUUUAAGAACUAUCUACAAAAACAUUGUGAUUUGACUGAAUGCUGAAUAAGAUGCUAGACUAAAUAACUGAGCACCACUUAACUUAGAAAUUUUUAAGAAAAUAAGAAAAACUGUGAAAGUUUAACUCUUUAUGAGAACUUUAAGAUUAUGAAAUAUUGAAGAGAUAUAAGAACUUAAAUAAGAUGAUAAAUUGCUGACAAAAUGUUAUAAUGAUGAAGGUGGGAGCGGGAGAUGUGAGGAAGUCCAAAGAAAAUGUGAAACUAUGUUAAGACGAAUGUUAUAUUGUUUAUUACAUUUAUUCUUAUUGUAAAAUCCAAUAAAUUGCUUUAAAAAAAAAAAAAUAUUUACAAAGAAAAGAAACUGAUUUAAAAUAGAUGCAAUAUUUACUUGCUUUUUGACAAGAAGAUUAGACCAGAAACUGAUCAGUGCAGCUUUUAAAUGACAGAGCUGUAUACGGUGUACAGCUAACUCGCCAUGUUCUAAUUGAUUUGAGUUAAGACCGUAUAUCUUCCCUGUAAAUUGACCUAAUAGCAGGGUAUAGGAAAGUAUGCUUAGGCAGGUUCUGCAAACCUUUCAAUCUCUGAAGCAACAGAUGUUACGCUCUGCAUAGUAGUGUGUAUCUUGGAAACAGAGAGAGUGUUAGAGAAACAAAAAAACCUGAGCCAAUGACAUACUUUCUGAUACCAGGAAUAAAUUAUUGUCAUUGGCUAUGAUAUGAUGUAUUUAUAGAGAUUGUGUGUGUGUGUGUGUGAGAGAGAGAGAGAGAGAGAGAGAGAGAAGAUUAUAUAAGAAAUAUUAAAGUGAUAGUGAAAAAUAACUGAAAUGUAAUAACAAAUUCAUGUCCUGAGCUUGUCCCCCCCCCCCCAUUUUGAAAUAGCCCUAUUGGUUAUCCUGAUCUCUGUACAUAGAUGAACAACUGCUAAGUGGCCAGUACCAGGCCCCUCUUAUCAAUCAACAACAAUUUGGGUUGGGUAGCUGUGAUAUAAUAGUGGGGGUGGGUAAGCUGGUCUUUCGUGUGUUCUCCCCCCCUCCACAAGCCAACCUAAUGUCAUAAUUGGGAUGAUUCUAGUGAAUGAGGACUUGGUGGACCCCCCUACCUCACAGUCCCCUGCUGCAAUAUAGUAAUUAACUGAAGUCUCUUCUGUCCCUCUUGGUCAACAACAGAAGGGUGCUUGCACUCCCCACCUGGCUGGACCACAGCUUGAUAGUUGGCACCCUUAGUCUGUGGUCCAUAAGAUUUCCUCAUCACACUUCAAGCAGGGGCAGGAUGUACAGGUGCCCAUGGCUGUCUAAUGCCUGGGGGUGGGGAAGGGAUUUUAGCUCUACAAUGCCAGGACAAGGGUGGGAGGGAAGGGGGACAUUAUUAUCAUGAGUUGUUGUGUAUUUCUAGGAAUCGGAUUCCUAACCAAAAUUUCUGUAUGACACUGUCUCUUUUGUGCCCACUGCUUAGUACAGUUCUUGAUGCAUAUGUGGUCUUUGUUUGUUUGUUUGUUUGGAUAUAGUUGGUAGGAAUAAGAUGAGAUAGAAAUAAGACUACAGUUGCAGAGAAUGGUAGGAUUAAGAAUUAUGGUUACCAUGGAUAAAGGCUGCAGAGUAAUAAUGAAAUCUACAUACAGGAUUAGCUUUUCUCCUUAUGCAGCUGACAAGUAUAUUACAAAGAAGAACACAGGCAAUGCUUUUCCAGACUCAUCCUAAGUCAGCCCUGUACGGUUUUGUGUUCUGCAUUGACUGAUUGUGUUGCGUUGAUGCACUUUCACUUGUGUGCAAAAUCUUGUAUUAUCAGGAAUGUGAGGUUUUUAUGUUACGUUUCUGACCAGUCAGCUUACUGUUCUUGACCUGAUUGACUGAUCUGAUUCACAGGUGGAUAUAAUGAUUACAAGCACCACACAGUGCAACACAUGGCACAAAACAACAUGGGGGGAAGAGUACACAGUUUGAACUGGAAGUAGUUUUGUGGUCUGAAUGUUGUGUGCUUGCCCAUUGUGUGUGGUAUCUGCUUCAUAGGAAGCACAGAUUGCCUUGAUGUUACAUACAAUAGUAUAUAAACACUUAUAAAACUUUUUUCACUUAGGGUGUGUAUGCACACUCAUACACAAACUUUGGUAAAAUAUUACAGCACAUACAGAUUCUUACAUGUUUACUAUAUGUUUUGGAGACUUGCUUAUUUGUUAUCGGAUUUGGUCACCUUUUCAGAUAGCACAACCUAAUUUUCUUCCUGUGAUCAAGGAGAGGCUUUUGUCUAUGUGUGGAUAUAAUUGGGCACCAUUUUGCACUGAGUUUAACCACUGGGUACCUAGAAUUUCCAAGCAAUAUUAGGUAUGAGAAUACUAGGGCUUAAUAUUACUCUAAGGAUGGUAGUCAACAAUGUUUUACUCAGAGUAGACACAUUAAAAUUAAUGAACAUGACUAAGUUAAGUCAAUUGAGCUCAAUGGGUCUACUCUGAGUAAAAUUUAGUUGAACCCUCCCACCCCCACCCCAUGGACACUAUGAGAGGAAUUAAACGUUGCACUAAAAUGUGAGUUUUGUCACGACAAGCAUUUUGACUUUCCAGAUGGAACAAUUCCCCUAUUCUUCCCCUAAAUGCUCUUUUGGGGUUCUCCCAACUCUACCUUGAGCCAGUUUGGGAGGCAUGGGACACAGGGGAGGGGAGGUGGGGAAAGCCAUAUUGCAUAGGACUUCUGCAGACAGGACUCAUUAGUUGACUUCUACCCUAUUUUUAAACAUCCUAGUAGUAACUACAGUCUGCAUCCUGCAAUAGGAACUUUCAGUAACUCAUUUCACCACAUCUUCAAAUAUGUCCAGGUCAAUUCACACAUGUAUGUUCACUGCCUAAUGGCUGCAGCAUAAAACAAGGAGUGGCAUGUGUUGAGCAUGAGAAAGAACUUAUAUAUUCACAUAUUAGUAUUCCCCACACUAAAUGGUGGUAGUUCAUAUGCGCAACUGGGAAUCAAAAUGGUAUGAAAUACUGAAUCAGUAAACUGGUGUGCAUGUGUGAAUAAGCCCUUAGUGCCAUGUGUCUUUUGAAGUUUCUGAGCUUUAUCAUUUAAUCCUGCAGCUAUACUUGCUGAAGUUCAACAGAGUGCUGGGUCAUAUUCAGUGAUGCUUUACUGUUUAUACAGAAGAUACCUCUGAAAGGAAACUUUCAUUCAUCCGUAAGAAAUGGGCUUUUCUAAGAGACUGCACAGUAUUAUUUAAUACUGUGAUUUCUUGCUGUGAGUGAAAAGUAGGUUUGGUUCAAAUGGAUCAGAUCAUAUUGCUGUCAAAUUUGUCUGGAAAAUAUUUGACAGGUACAUAGAGCAUAUUUGCUUUGUACAAUGAGGUUUACCUCCAGUUGCUUUGAACUAAGUGUAUAGAAUGCAGUGUUAGACAUACCUUUAUUUUUUAAUAGCCAUGUAUGUAGCCAUGAUAUACAUUAACGUUAAUCAUAAUUCAGUUAGGUAUUUUUUGCCCUAAGACAGACAGUUUGGCUGCAUUGUUGCUUGUGCCCUUUGUGACACAAGACAGAAAAGAGAAGUGUUUAAAUCCAGAGACUGAAAAUCUCCAGAGUUAAUCAUUAUAUGAGAUGUUCUGCUUUAUUCAACAGAUAGCACUUUUCAACUCAUAACAAAGUUGAUCCUUGGGUGCUGAGGGAGGGGCUGGAAUAGCACAUCUCCCAUACAAACAAGUAAUUGGCAUUUUCUUGAAUUCAAUACUGUGACAGUAAUGAGCUGGUCUCGUUUAUUACUUUUGGCAUUAUGUAUUCAACAAAAACUAUGGCAAGUUCUUAAAGAAAUGGGAGUGCCUGAUCACCUCAUCUGUCUCCUGAGAAAUCUCUAUGUGGGACAAGAAGCUACAGUUAGAACUGGAUAUGGAACAACUGAUUGGUUCAAAAUUGGGAAAGGAGUACGGCAAGGCUGUAUAUUGUCUCCCUGCUUAUUUAACUUAAAUGCAGAAUUCAUGCGAAAGGCUGGGCUGGAUGAAUCCCAAGCCGGAAUUAAGAUCGCCGGAAGAAAUAUCAACAACCUCAGAUAUGCAGAUGAUACCUUGAUGGCAGAAAGUGAAGACGAAUUAAAGAACCUUUUAAUGAGGGUGAAAGAGGAGAGCGCAAAAUAUGGUCUGAAGCUCAACAUCAAAAAAACGAAGAUCAUGGCCACUGGGCCCAUCACCUCCUGGCAAAUAGAAGGGGAAGAAAUGGAGGCAGUGAGAGAUUUUACUUUCUUAGGCUCCAUGAUCACUGCAGAUGGUGACAGCAGUCACGAAAUUAAAAGACGCCUGCUCCUUGGAAGAAAGGCGAUGGCAAACCUACACAGCAUCUUAAAAAGCAGAGACAUCACCUUGCCAACAAAGGUCCGUAUAGUUAAAGCCAUGGUUUUCCCAGUAGUGAUGUAUGGAAGUGAGAGCUGGACCAUAAAGAAGGCUGAUCGCCGAAGAAUUGAUGCUUUUGAAUUAUGGUGCUGGAGGAGACUCUUGAGAGUCCCAUGGACUGCAAGAAGAUCAAACCUCUCCAUUCUUAAGGAAAUCAGCCCUGAGUGGUCACUGGAAGGACAGAUCAUGAAGCUGAGGCUCCAAUACUUUGGCCACCUAAUGAGAAGAGAAGACUCCCUGGAAAAGACCCUGAUGUUGGGAAAGAUGGAGGGCACAAGGAGAAGGGGACGACAGAGGACGAGAUGGUUGGACAGUGUUCUUGAAGCCACAAACAUGAGUCUGACCAAACUGCGGGAGGCAGUGGAAGACAGGAGUGCCUGGCGUGCUCUGGUCCAUGGGGUCACGAAGAGUCGGACACGACUGAACGACUAAACAACAACAACAACAUUCAACAAAGGCCUCUGGAUGGUUAGAGAAUGUGGGCCCAAGGGUGUAUCUUCUCUGAGGCCAAUCCUGUGAGGCCAGACCACCCCAUGGUUAUUUAAUCUCUGUGGGAGUACAGCUCUAGCAACUUAUAUUGCCUGCUUCCUGGCUAACUUCUAUUUUCUGGCAGAAAUAGGAAAUCCAGAAAUAGGAAAGGCCUUCAAAGCUUGGGAUAUUACUUAUUCUCAUAGCCUCCAAACAAGAAGACAAUGCAGGUGCCAUUUUGGCCGAGGUCAAGCUUAGCUAAUACAAUCACUCCUCACACUUCACCUCAGCUAUGAAGGAAAAAAAUUGCCCUUCAACUUAAAAGACUCUUUUGAAGGCUGGGACUUUGACUCAGAUGAUAUGUAUCUAAGGUACAUAUCCUGCGGGGCCAGUUUGCUCUCUUCCCCUACCCCUCGGUUUGGAUCCCCAAGCUGAAGGGGGAAGCAAGGAGAAAAGAAUGAGAAAUCCUCUUCCCCCUCAUUUCACUCUCAGGCUGAAGAGAAUUAAGGUUUAGCAAAGUGUGAAGAAUUUUUCAAAGGUAAUUAUAGAUAGUAAUUAGAGGAAAAUGCACGUCUGAACCCAUUUUAGGAGCACUCGUUUACUUAAGAAUAUAGCAUGCCUUAUCCAAGUGCGUAACACAUGCUGGUAGAAAUAACUAUCUUAGCCAUACUUAUUUUUCAUGCUGUAUUUGGGGGAAAUGGACAUGUGCAGAAACUGUGAGUACAAUUAGCGUCAAGCAGAUAAAUCCAGCUAAUCCUGUUUAUGCUCUCUAUCAAGCAGAUGUGCCAAAAUUGAUGUAGACAAGCUCUUGGCUUAUAAUAAUAUUUUUAAGAGCUGUGUAGUGUUGUUUUUGUUAAGACCUUUCUUAACGUUAAGUGUAGUUAAAAAUGGAAGAGGACCUAACAAGUGCAGCCUACUUUAUGAAGGUCCCUGCUCUGCUCUUAUGGUGAUGGAACAACCUGGCAGGAAAGAUUAUCUUUAUUCCUUGUAAUUAAAUUGACUUGGGGGGAAAAAUACAAUGGGAAGUGGGUGCUGAAUUAAAUAAAUAGCAUGAUAUCUAAUGUAUACUUAAACCCCUUAUAAGAACAGAUGGUACCCUGUAUCCUUCUAGGUAAUAUGAGAGGAUAGUUAAUGUUUUGAAACAGCUAGGAAUAAUCAGUAUGAUACUAAUGAAUGGAUAGUUCUUGAAUGGAAAGAAUUACUGUGUGGGGGUUUUUUUAAAGGCAAGUUUAGCUUAUUUAGAAGAUUUUGAAUAUGGGAAAUAAAAUAGUUUCUUUUUUUAACGUAGUGAGAAGCAGGUGUUCAAAAUUCCAUAGAUGCAGAUGAAGUCAAAAGUUUGAAAGUUGAAAAUGUAUUUCUAAUGUUAAUGACAUAUAAUCAUUGUACAUCGCCAUGAGCACCCAUUGGAUUGAAAAAGUGAUUUUAGAAUUGUAAGAAACAAUGCACUGUGAUUUCCAUGGUGCUUAGGAGGAAAGGCUACAUAUCCAUUCUAGUAAGGCUUCUCCAUAAGAUGUCAAUCUAGAGUUUCAAGGAAUGCAACCAGCCAUUUAUUUAUUUUUACAUUCCAGCACCAGCAACCAGAAUAGCUGUAAGGUAGCUUUUUUAUAGUAAGACAAUAUAAAAGCAAAGAAAAGGAAGCAGAAAUACUUUUGGUUGACCAGUCUUUGUCUGUCUUAUAAGUGGCAUGUAACCAGAGGGAUUUGUUCAAGAUGCUCUCUUUGCUCCCUUGAUUUGUUGGCCAUGGGCCUUUGGCCGUGGUAUUUCGCCAUCUGCAAUACCAGCCUUAAUGGUUGAAAGGACACACGAAAACCAUUUUACUCAGGAGCAGGUGGCUUCCCUGCUGCAUGGAUACUUUAUAAUCUACUGCAAGGUAGACUAGAACCUCUGAGGCAUGCAUGUUAAGAGAAGCUUAUAGAAUAGGUUCCCUACUUCCCUUGAAAGCUUCAAGAAGAGGUACAUGGCCACUUUGAUAGUCUACUGCAACUGCUGUGAUCAUGUUUUAUUCCACAAUUUGAAGGCUGGGUCCACAGUGCAACAGAAGGUGAUAAAGGAGGCUCAGGCUUUUGGUGCCGAAGUCUAUUUGCUUGUUUUUGCUAAUUUCAUCCUAAAGGAAGACAAUUAAAAGAAUGGCUUCCUAAUGAUGAGACUGUUCAUACUAAAGGCCAUUGUUUAAUGGUGACAUUGAUUGGGGGGGGGGAAUUGCUGUGGCUAAGGACAAGAAGAAUAAAUAAUAAAGUCCUAUCAGAGUCCUUCUAGAAGAAAUAUGAUUCUCUUAAAGUCAGCCGUCCAAUUUGGAGUCUCAGAGGCAGCCAAUCUUGUGUGAUUUCUUGCUUCUGAGCAAAGAAAGGAACCAAUAGGUUGCAUGUAAUGGUAAACCAAACUGAUGAUUUGGCCACUUUGCCCCUCCACAAUAGCAUACCAAGGAAACAUGCUACAAUUCCUUAGUGUUGUGUCCAAACCAAGGUUCAUGGUUUGUUUUCCUGUAAGCUAUGAACAAACCUUGUUUACAGAUCAUGUUGGGAGUGAAACAAGACAAUGAUCCUUGGUUCAGACAUACGUAAAAUUAACUGUGGUUUACUGUGACAUGCAAAUAAGCACUGUGUCUCUGUGGUGCAAGGAAUUCCAGCCAUUCUGACAAAGUUACUCAGUGACAUAUUGACUUGCAUAUAACCCAUUUUGUGAGGGAAAACCAAGAAUGGGAGAGAGGUAGUGAAUUUGUGGUGGAGCUUCCAUGAUAUAUCCUGAAACUGCUUAAAAAAAACUGUAUGCAAACUGUAUGUAACUGUAUGUAAAAGGACAGCUGCUAUCAAAAUUAGGCAGCGGUGGGGGAGGACGGGGCUUGCGCUCAUAAUUUUUUUACAGCUGUAAAGGGAGAUAUUCAUCUCUUGACCUUGUGAACCAUUGGAGAAGGAGUAUAACAUAAUGUGGAGGAGAGUAGCACAGUCCUUUCUGUGAAGAAGAAGCAACUUUAAAUAUUACUGAGUGUGGUAUGGAAGCAGCUGCUGUAAGUCCCACAUGGUUGCUAGCAAUGUAGAGUCUGGUCCUCUCUUCACAGUUCAUGAACAGCCCUUAAGUAUCUCUAAAACUAUUUUUUCAGGGAUGCAUUCAGGAAAAAAGUGAUAAUAAUAGAUAUUUUGUAUGUGCGCUUUUGGUUUGGAUGGAACCAUAAGGGAUUAAACUGUGGUGUAGUAUGAAAAUAAACACUCUCUCUUCCUCCUUUGGGCAGGUGGUUCCAAUGUGGGCUUGACAAAUGAAGAGGAAUCUGUCGAAAUGAAAGAUGUAUUUUCCGUAAAAUUGAAACGCCGUCGUUUUGCUGGGCAGCAAAAAGGUGGUCUAUUAUUAGGUAUCACAGUUUUUGUCUGCCUGAAAAAAGAAGGAAACAAACUUAAGGAUUCUGUCAUCAACCUAAGUAAUUUAAGUGAGGACCAUUGUUACCUGUGGUUUAAGCAUUUGAAGGAAAUUUUGAAUGGUAAGCACUCUUCAGAAAGACUAUUUCUAUAUUUUCUAAACAUUCUUAACCUUAAAAAAUUACAGUAUGAGGCUGAACAUGUUUACUGAGAAAUAAGUCCUAAUGAUUUCUGUAGGACUUUCCCCCAAAAUCAGUAUACUUAGAAUUACCAUCUUAUUCUGUUAGUGACAUAUCCCACUUAGCUGAUUUUAAAUUAGUCUAAGCCUCUGUUAAUAUGUAACAAGAAACCAAACAUUUUACUGGCCUGGCUCGCCAAUAAAAGUCUGAUUUAUCACUACACCCACAAGCUUCAGGGCUUGCACACUCAAUUUACCAUUCCUCCUUUGGCACAUCUGUGAGGAUGAGAUGGGAAGCUUUCACUUCUGUUUUCAACUAAUUAUAAUUACUUGUUUUGCAGGAACUCAAACUGUGGUUAUUCUUAACUGUGGUUUACAGAAGCAAGCAAAUUUUGAACCAUGGUUUACAAACCCGACCUGUUUCUCUAAAUUGUAAUUAACAUUAAGCACAUUUAUUGGUUUGGACAAAAGUAAAAUGCAAAAACUUCUGAUCUCAUUGCAACUGUGCUGGAGGGAGGGGUUGUACUGGUUGUUUUUGUACUGCUAAACUGGUUUAAUGUCACAUCAAAACACUGUCAAUGCCUGUGCUUGGAUGAACAUAAUUUGGCUUACCAGGCCAAUAUAUGCAUGAACUCUUUCGUCUGCAUAUGCAGCUACUUCACUCCUCCCUUUGUGGCAUGCAGCAAUUAAACCAGCAAAUCUCUAAUUAACUAGAGUUUUCCAUUUCACCAGAAGCAAUGUCCUCUUUGAGGAUAAGAUUGAUACUAUUACACUAGCCAUAGCAAUAUUCCUCUUGGAGGCAGUGAAAAUCAGAAAUCAGUAUGUACAAACUAAAGCUACUCUGUUGGGUAGCAAGGCCGAUCUUACACCUUAAUAACAUUUUAUAUACUAUCAUUGUAUUUUGGGUCUAUGGACUGUAGUAAAGCUCUGUGUGUGAUUUCAGAACAACCCAGUCUCAUACACCAUGAUUUGAAGUUUGUUUAGCAUACUAACUUGCUCUAAAGUUGGUUACCAUAGUUUCCUGGUUUGGAUGAAAUGAGAAACUAUUGUUAAUUAGAUGCUUAGUGAUUUGACUGUGGAUUUCAAGGAAAAGCCUUGUUCAUAACUUGAAUUAAUAAACAGAUCCAAACCAGGCUAUUUUCUAAGCUUGCGGCUGCCCUCAAACUGUGAUUUGUUUGGGAGCUGACAACGUAGGAUCUGAAAUCAUGAGUUUGUGCUAACUCUGGUUUGCAGUAGUCUCUAGUUUAGAAAUGCAAAUAGGAUUUAUUAUUGCUAUUCGUGGAUUUAUACCUCACUUUUUUCUACAAAAGUACACCAGGAAAAUGUGUACAAAAUAAUAUAAAAGUACAGCCUAAAACCCAAACAAAAUGCAACCAGAAAACAAAACAAACAAGGAAAACCACCAGCAGUUAAAGACAAAGACAGCAGUGUUAAAAGCAUAUGACACAAUAGGAGACUGGGAGUCAUGAGAAUGCUUUCUCCUUCUCUCCUCUGGUUCCAGUUUGUUUUUCCAUACUUACCGUAUAUACUUGAGUAUAAGCCGAACUGAAUAUAAGCUGAGGCACCUAAUUUUACCACAAAAAACAGGGAAAACUUAUUGACUCGAGUAUAAGCCAGUUCACCACACCACAACACCUCAAACCUCCUGGUGGGCCGGAGUGUGUGUGUGUGCACACUCAUGCACACAUGGCAGAGGGGGUUUCUCUUUUCACCCCCAGCCCCUCCCGUCCCCCUGUCUACCUAGGGUGCUGUCAAGAGGCAGAGGCUGGUGGCGGCAGUGGCGGAGGAAGAACCAGCAGCCCGAAAGUGCUGCUUUCGGGCUGCUGGUUCCUCCGCCUCCGCCAACAACAGCCUCUGCGGCUCCUGUGCCCACGCUUGGCAGAGCGGAGGCGGCACGAGCGGCGGCAGCAAACAGCUUGCUCUGACGAGGGGCUGCUGGAAAUGUGCUCGGGUAGGACCCUCACUCAAGUAUAAGCCGAGGGGGGCUUUUUCAGCAUAAAAAAUGUGCUGGAAAAGUUGGCUUAUACACACGUAUGUACGGUAACCAGGUUCCUCCUAAACAAGAUUUGAAACCAGGAAUCUAUGUGAAGUGGGGAAGAUUGGUGUGGUUACUUUAGUUUGUUGUAGUAUUCAAAAGAAUACUGUGUAAUAUAAAUCAAGGAUAACUCAGUCCAUAGAGCAUGAGACUCUUAAUUCCAGAGUCGUGAGUUCAAGCCCCACAUUGGGCGAAAUAUCCCUGCAUGGCUGCUGGGAUAGCUCAGUUGGAAGAGCAUGAGACUCUUAAUUCCAGAGUCGUGAGUUCAAGCCCCACAUUGAGCAAAAGAUUCCUGCAUUGCCAACUCGACAAUUCUAUGGUUCUCUACCCUUCCAACUCGACAAUUCUAUGGUUUUAUGAAAUAUUAAGAUAAAGCAUCAAAACCAGAAAAGGUUUGUUUCAAUGCAGACAUAUUUUCCUUUUUUAAAAACCUGUGUUAAUUUUUGGUUUAAAUUAAAACUACAUAAUUUAAACAAUCUCUUAGGAAAGGUUUUUAGUCUAAAUUUUUGCUUGACUUUAGCAGUGAGCAAUAUAGAGCUAUGCUUUCAGUAUAAAAAUUAAGAGUGCCUAUUUUAUAGAAGAAAUUUGUUACAGAAGCUCCUUUUACAACAUGCAUCUCACACCAAGUUUUUAAUGUGAACAUCGAAAGCUUCAUGCGUGAAGGUUUAAUUAUCCCAUUAAUGUUAUACAUUAACAGUGUAGCAUCAACAGUGGUAUAUCUCUAGUUAGCAUGAAAAAUGUUUAUUCACAUCAUUACUUCUGUCUUUAUGUAGCAGUUUUCUUAUUGCUUGUUGUAUAAAAUAUUAAUAACGUAUGUGACAGUGACAUCAUUUCAAGCCCUUAACUUUUGUAAACAUAAGCCUGCUGCCAUAAAACUAAACAGUGAAAACAGCACAGAUGUGUGUCUGAGGAUAGCGUCUCUGCUGCCCUAUGAGCUUUUGUUUUCAGAACUCCCUGAUUAACCCCUACCUUUCAUGGUUCAUUGAUUCACUGAUAGAUCAAGUUUAAACUAGUGCAUAUUAGCACAUUUGUUACUACCAGAGGAACAGUUGGCUAUUUUGUUUUAAAGUCCUAGUUCACUUUAGCAAAGGAAGCUACAAUGAGCAAUUCAAUAGAACAUAGGCUCUAAUGAUGCCAAAGGCUACAGCACUUAUAUGCUGGUAAUGAGACCUGAAACUGUAUAACAUUAUUAGAUUAUAAAGUUGUUUGCUAUAAGACUGCUGAAUAAUAUAUUUUGGGAAGGAGAAAACAAAGUCCCUGGUGAAUCGAGAUAUCGAAGCAAUUUCUCCAGACCCAUUGGGAAAUCAUUUUAGGGUUUUAUUGAUAUUUUGCUGGCUUCAUAUAUAACAAUUUCCAACUCAUAAACCAUUGGUUAUUGGACUGAGAACAAGCCUUGUACCCAUGCAUGUCCUUUUGCCACUCUCUUGUGUACACUAUGCAUGACCAGUUUUAGAAAAGAUGUGGCUUGUUAAGCCAUGGUUUCUCCACUUAGCUGCUAUGGUUAACUCUGGUUUAGCAAACUGUAAUAUGUUCAUUAAAUCUGGAUCCACAGUGUGAUGGGACAGAGGAGAGCUUGUCAGGGCCCCUGACCCCAGGGGCCUUCAGUACUUUAAGGAAGAUUCAGAGGAAGAUGAGGCACAUGCUGCUGCCUCCAGGGAAUAAUUUUCAGUAGCUUCUCUCUUGCUUUCUUUGCUGGAGGACGUGGACCUGAAGACAAAACCCCAGCAGCACACCCCUAACCCCAAAGUACCUAAUGGAUACAAAAUUAGGGAAAGGCCUUUAGAAAAGCAAAGUCCCACUUCAGGUAGAUAGAGUCAUCGUAUCACAGGCCUUGUUAGCCUACAGAAGGCUUUGGGUGGCAGCAUCCCUCUAUAGUUGUAGUAGGAGGGAGAGCUCCAACUAGCUAGCCCUAGAGCGAUCUGUCCUUGGUCCUGACACCCCUGACCUCUGCUUGGAGACUUGACAUUAUUUUGCCUGUCCAGGAAGAUCAUACCUGAGUGUGUCCAUUUCCCCUGCAAGCCUCAAGUCCUAAUGAAACAAUACAGUGCACAAAAACAAAGUUUAUUUUUGGUGUGAUAAACCAUGGUCCUUAGUUAAGAGUUGGUUAGAGCAUGGUGCUGAUAAUGCCAAUGUUGUAAAAAAAAUUGUAGCUGUUGUUUUAUUUUUGGUGUGUGUUUUUUUUCACUGAAAAUUAUGGGGAUAUCAGAGAGGGGAAAAUAACUGCUAAACAAAUGAUCCUUUGAAUUAUCACCUGAUGUAUACAUGAUUAGGAUCGAUGAUAAAUAAUGUUGUAUGGUGGGUGAAAGUUAACAAGAUAAUUUAUUUUUAAAUGCUGUAGUGAUAAAAGCAAAGAUUAUCAACAAGACAUGUUGUUUCAAAAUGUGUAUUUUGGCUUCCAUCCCCCUCCCUUACUCUCAUACCUCUAUUUUAUUGAUCCUUUUAAUCAAGGGCAGAUUUCUUUUGCACCUGUGCACCUUCUGUGUGGCAUGAAACAUAAUCUGUAAAUCCUUAAAAUUGUAGUAUCGAAUCUCCGCAGCAAAUGUGAAGGGGUACUAUUAUCAAAUCCUUGCUGACAGGCACUUCCUUUUUUUUAAUUCUCAGGAGAAUAUUCUCUUCUCACUUGAUCUCCCUCCUCCUUUCACGUUUGAACCAUGACCUAAAACCUCUUUCGUGAUAGCUGUCACAUAAUGCUCUUGAUGAGGGUGACUGACUCAUUUGUACUAGUUAUUCUUAGCUGUAGAGAUGCACAAACAGGUCAGUUGCUCCAGUUGUUUCAGGAUUACGUAGGUGGCAUAUAUAAGUAAUGAGCAGCUUUGUGCAAAAAAUAAAGAAAAAAAGAUGGCCACAGACACAAACCAGAAUUUGCUGUACCUUUUCAGGAUGCAUAUUCAUCUGCAGGUGUUAAUGUUUGCGAUCCAUGCUUUUAUUCUUUUGCAAUGCUGUGUGUUCAAAGUGGUUUAAAUUAGCCUUAAAAACCCUGAUGUGGUUUUUUCCUUCUGUUUUUUUUUAAAAGGUUUUCCGAAUAGGCCAAAGUCAUUAAAAGUGUUUGUCAAUCCAAAUAGUCAUAGAAAAGAGGCUGCUCGCAUUUAUCAUGAACAGGUUGCACCUCUCUUUAAGCUUGCUGACAUCAGAGCUGACGUUACAGGUAAGAUGCUUUGUGGAACAUGAUUCGAUCCAUUUUUGGAGGUAGCAUCUCCGCAAAUGGGUCAGUCCACAUUUAAUGUUUCUAUUUUAAUGACAUCACUUAGCACACACGACUUUAAAGAAAUAAAUUCCUUGUUAGCGAAAAUUAUUUUGUGUUGAUGUGCAGUCAUUGGUUUAUCUUUUAGUUAAAUAUUUUCAUAUGCUCUUGCUUUGUUGAAAUACCUUUCUCCACCCUGUUUAUUAGUUACUGAAGUUAUAGGAAAUUAAUGAAAAAAUUAGUACAAUAUGUUAUUCACUAACCCUGCAAAAGGCAGACUUUCUAGGGAGUAAGACCACAAACCUGUACACAAUCAAACUGGGAGUUAGCCCCACUGAACUCAUUGAAACAUGCUGCUGGGUAGCCAUGCAUAGGAUUGCACAGUGAUAGAAUGGAAGCAGUCUAAUCAAUUACUCAAUUCUGGGUGGGGAAUUGGAACUUGUCCAACCUUAUACAGAGUUGCAUUCCAAUUAUGAGUGCCCCCCCAAUGUAGUAUCAAAUAUUAUAUUAUACGCUUAUAUUUCCCCACCUACGCAUUGUCACAAGCACCUUUGUAUCAGGUGUACAGCACUUUCUUUCUGUUCCUCUCUCAUAAAAAUCAACAUAUGCAGUCACACUCAUACACACCUCAGAUGGGCUUGCAGGCACAAACCAUAGUAGACUGUGUGUUGGGGCAGAGGCAAUUCCACCAGACCUGGAAGGUGUGCCACUGCUGCUUUUAUUGGGAGAGGUGAAGCAAGGAAGAUGGUGCAAAUAUACUUGCAGGACCACUGAAUCAGCUUCAUUGGUGUGUUUGCACCAUGCCAACCUCACCACUGCAUUGCCCUUUCCCCUUCUGGUAAGUAGCAGUGACUUACCUGCCAGGAGGUCAGGUAAGCAGCUCUGACCCAUCAUGCUGGCUCCUAGUAGGCAUGCAAUCACACACAGAACAUAUCCUUUCCUCUCUGCUCCGGCACUGAGAUAGGAAUGGCUAGAAAGUUCACUCUACCUACCUUUUAGAGAGGAUCCCUAGGCUGCCAUUUACAGUCUAAGAGCAGGCAGAGGGUCUAUCUCUCAUCUUAGCACUGUGCUGCUGUUGACCUAUGAUAUCAAGUAAUUGGCAGGUGGAUGCAGUUUGCCUGAAGCUGCCUUGCUGGUGAAAUUCAGAGACCUGAUGGACCUAAGUAGGCCUACAGGUCAGAGGUACCCCAUGACUGCUCCAUCCAGAGAUCUCUGGGACUAGCUCUUCCACUUGCUUAGAUGCUGAAUAGAUUAUUCAGUUCUGACAGGCCCAGUAGUGUUUUUGGCUCAGUCCUCCUACCUUUCCAGACAGGUGAACAGUGCUUUCAAAGCUGAAAAACUGCUUGCUGGUGUAUGUGUACGAAACAUGUACUCUGGAGAUAAAUAUAUACCAUGACAAUGACAUGCAGAGGAAAUCUGGAAGAGUUUUUAUGCAUUCACACUAUUCUUGCUGAAGAAUUGUGUCCUUUUAUUCUUAAAUCCCAAACUUUCUUAUCAUAAAGUCUAUUCAUAGCAUAUUGUUAUGGUUAGUGGUUAACACUCCUCCUACAGGUUAAUUUGGCAAAUGACAUGUACUUCGGUUUUGUCAGAUAGAAUUUUAUCAAACCAAGAAGUUCUUCUGCUGUGUAUCAACUGACACAGAUUGCACAUGGAUAUAUGAAAUUUUAUUUUUAAUAGUAAAAUCAUAAAAAUGUGCACUAGGAAUUUAUGUAGAACCGUGGAUCAAGAAAAAACAUGCUUACUGAUUUUUUUAUUAAAAAAAAUAAGUGUGUUACCUUUAAAUUAAUUCAUCCUCCAUAGAGUUUAUGUUGCUCAGCCAAUCAGAGGAAUAGUCUGUAAAGCUGAAAUAUAUUUCAGUAGAGCAUGAAGACUUUAAUUAGUAGACUGCCAGAAUCCUUUUUGUGGUAAAACCCCUUCAGUCUUUAUGUGAGCAAAACCUUUCUUCACAAAUCUAAGAUGAAAGUAAGGCUUGUGAGGGUCCUUCGUUAAAAUGAAAACUCCAUACUAUAAGCUAAAUUCUGCAACCUGCAUAAUUUAAGCAUUUGGCUAUAUUUGCUUAUUUUGAUUUUGCUGAGGCAUUUUUGUUUUAAAACUGUGGAUCUGUUUGCUGUCCCAGGCUCCUUCGGGAGCAAGGGCAGAAUAUAAGUUCAAUAAAUAAGAAUGAUUUUAGGAAAAUUAAUACUUCUGUUACACACAAUGCUGCUAAAUUUUGCCGUGCAUCAUCAUCAUCAUCAUUAUUACAUUUAUUAGAUGCUUUUUCUUGCUGCUACUCAAACCAACUUUCAAAAAAAUUAAAAUUGAAUGAAAGACUAAACUAUGGUUUAAUGCAAUGAGAAGAGCCCUCAACUUGUUUCCUCCACUCCUCUCCUCCUUGGGUGUGGCACACAGGGAAAAAUCAAAGCACUUGCCCCUGUUUUCAGUUAAUGGUGGUUUGUCAUUAUGUUUAAACUGGGUCAGGCUUUGCUUAGUUUUUAGCUAUUGCAUGUCCAAUUGUGCAUGGGCUUGGCUUGUUUGGAUAAACCAUAGUUAAAUCCAUCCACCAUUUUGAUUCAGUCAUAAUGGAAAAACUGCAGUUAGUCAGAAAAAAGAAAGCCAAUGCUUCUGAUAUCUUACUUCUGCCUACAUAUCGCCCCUAAACAAGGCGAGAGCAUAACUGGAUUCAGACAUAAUCUCACUCUCACUCUCCUCUUGGCUUCUGACUAUCUGCAUUCGAGCUUAUUGGGUCACAUUUGCCCUUCAUGUUGGCCUGUGAGAGUGUCAAAGAAGCAGGGAAAAUGUAUACCUAAGCAUGUUUUGAGUACAUGAUUCCUGAGCCUUGCUAAGUCAUACUAAAGAUGGGAUGCAUAGAGCUAUAAGAGCAUUUCAAACUUGCCUCCCAAGGAUUGUAAAAAAAUCUUUGUAGCUUCUGGCAUGAUUCUAGCUUUGCAGGCAUAUAUAUAAGCAGGGGGCCCUUAUUUCUACCCAUCUCUACAGCUUUGAGGGGUGAGAAACUUGUUUACACAUUAGUGACAGUGCUACAAAGCUGCUUCUGGGCUCUUCACUUUGCACUCUUGACCUUUUAAGACUAAAGGUCAAGGGUUUAGCAUAUGUAGAGACAACAUGUUAUGCUGUUUUGUGGCUGGAAUUCCCAUUUGCAGCCCCAGGUGAGAAACUGCUAUGGUGUUCUGCACCAUUGUUGUUUUUUUUUGCUUUAGGACUUUGCUACCCAUCCUAAUGAAGCAGGCAGGAGGCUAACUCUAAGGCAAAAUACAAAUAAUGAUGUGUUUAUGAGUUGUUUUUAAAUAACCACCGAGUGAGCGCAACAAUAUUUAAAAGCACUGGAGAGUGAGAAUGUACUCUCACCAAAGACAGACAAGCAUGAAAGAUUAAUGUAAUCUUGCAUAUAAUAAUGCACAUUCUUACACAAAAAAUCCAUCUGGAGGUGUCAUGUCAGUCAGCAGAAAUCUUUGAUGAGCGGAUGCAGCUGGGCUGUCUCUUCUGGCAAAGAUGCCCUAGAAAAUGCUAAAUGUGGUUAUGAUGCUUGAUACCAUCUGCAUUAUGCCAGUUUAGUCUUUCUUUGCCGGAUUUGCUGUACUGCGUAGGAUAUCAACAAACAGAGACAGUGAUGUAGAGUGACAGAUGUCUUUUCUCCAGAGGCUACAGACUCUGGUGUAUACUUGUACCGCCACCCUCCUGUGUUACAUUCUUUCGUUACUGGUCUCCGGUCUUUGUUAUUUCCAUGGUUAGCUUGUCCAAGUUAGAGAUGUGCAUUUACUGAUGAAAAUACCAUUUCGUUUUCAGAUAAUUCAAUUCUGUGUGGUGUGAUAUGAUUGCAUCUAGUAGAAGAUGCCAGUUUAUUCUUCUGCAGACGCUUGCACUUCAGACAUCUACAACUAUAAAUCGCAACAUAACCAUUGUAUCGCUAUGGAAAGAGCAGAUAAUGUACUGUAUAUAACUGAGUAUCCACGUAAUCCUAGUUUACGAAUUUGCAAACAAGUAACUGACAUUUUCUUGUUCAAGAUAUAAGGGAUAAAUAGUGCCCAUGAUCACAAUCCAGAAACAAAAAAAUGAUCAGUUCUGUCUACCCACUGGGGCUCUAGAAUAUAUUUGUGUUUCUGGCAUACUGAGUGGCAAAUGUGCUUUUGAUAUCCAGGAGAUAUCAAAAGGAGAUAUUAGUAGUUGGCAUAAGGAUCUCCUAAUCUAAGUGAAAACACCCAAAGGUCUCCUGGGCAUAGCUCUCUGAAUUGUGAAUUAUGACUUCCAAGACAGAUUUUGUCAAUUUACACUGAGAAGUUGAAUUGCUGAAAUUGUCUGUUUAUGCAUUAUAUUUCAUAGUUACGGAAUAUGAAGGACAUGCUCUUAAAUUACUUAAGGAAUGUGACCUGACGUCAUUUCAUGGGUAAGUGAAACUUUUAACUUCUUUCUUGUACUGCAAGGAUGCUGCUUAUUUAAGGAAAGGGUAAUCAGUGGCGUAGGCACAUAGCUUAUUUUUAAUCUUGGGGUUCUAUCCCUUGCAUCAUGUCUCAGAGUUUUGCUACAAACCCAUUAUUCAAUGCAGGCAUUCCUGUGCACACCCAGAAUUACCCCGCCACCAUUUGACUCCCUACAAAUUCAGUCAGUCUGGAUUCACAGAAGCUCGCUGUAUGAUAGCAUCCACAGGCUUUUCUAUUGAGCUGGCUAAUUUCAGAUUUCCCCAGAUGAAACAGGUGUAGGGUAUCAUAAUAUGUAAUUCAAGCAAUUAUGAGUUAUGGUUUGUUUUAUUAGUUUAAGCACAUUAUUGUUCUUAUUUAUUUCUUAGAAUAUUUUAAUUAAUUUAGAAUCUUAAUAAAUGUUCUUAAACCCUCAAACUUGAACAAGACAACAAAAUAAAUUUCUCUUUCAAAUAGCCAGUUAAUUGAAACAGUUAGCGGUGUUCAAUAAAUUACUACUUGAGGCUUUUUACAGAUAGGCUGUACCAGCUUGCACUAAUUUUUAUACCUCUGGAGGCUAUGCAAAAGAGUUGGGAGUAGAGAGCAUAUAAGCUUGCUCAAAAUUUUGGGAUCAGCAAGCCAACAUUAAAGAUAUAGUUGUUGUGCAUAUAGUUGUUCUAAUUCUAGCUGUCUAGCUAUAUCUUGCCCUUCCUUUUAGGAGUUCAGGGCAGUGUAAAUGGCUUUCCCACUCCCCAUUUCAUUCCCUCAACUCUGUGAAGUACAUUAGGCUAAGAGAUGACAGUGACUUGCUCAGAGGCACCUAAUGAGCUUCAUGGGUAAGUCGGGAUUUGGCCCUUGCCUCUGAAGCCUUAGUUCCAUACUGUAGCCACUAUAAGCAAGCUGGCUACUCUCUAACAUAGCUGUUAAAGGCAACACACGUAUGGCUAAUGGCAGAAGCGGAAUAAAAUUCACAAGCAAAAGGUAUGGGAUUUUACAGUUUGUGUGGUACAGCCGCUUCAAGACCAAGCUGCUAAUCUGGCAGUCCCUGGUUUGAAUAUUGUUUCUGCCAUGAACACAGUGAAGGUAAGCUAGGCUGUGAGACUGCCCAUAACAUCCCUUAGUGAGCUUACAAUCUCUAAAGUAUUGCCUUGAGUAGAUACAGAUGGCAGAAAUUUGGGUAAGAUAGUGAAGUGUCUUCAUUAAUAACUCUUGCUUUGUGUUGCAUUUUGUUUGCAUGUGUAAGAGGUAGGGGCUCUUAUUUUUAUUGGGAAGGUUGGAUGAUGCAACUAGAUCAGCAGAGACAUUUUUACUGCUGCUGUUAUUGGUAUAUUAGUGUUUCCUAUUUUGUAUGGUUUUUCCUAUGCUGUAAGCUCCAGUGGGGAAGUUGCUAUAUUUUGAACACUGCCAUAGAAGAAACUAGUUAAAUAAAUAGUUUAAGGGAAUGUAAUGAAAGUCAUUUUAAUGGUUAAAUAAAUGCUACAAACACACACUAGUACAAAUUGGGUGAUAUCCAAUUUAGUCACACAUAGACCUAUUGAAAUCAAUGGACUUCAUUUGCAUAAAUAGCAUUGUGUAAUUUGAUUAAUGUGAGAUAUUGCCCGUUGACUGCAUGGCAGCUGGGAGAAGUGCAGAGAGCAGAAAUGCCAUGGUGCACCUGUAGCAGCAAAUUCAGAUGCCUUCAUCAGCCCCACCUGCAACGAAACAAGUCUCUCCCAUAUUGGCAGCAGGCACUGUAACUCUCAAACGGUUUGACUUUACCCCCAAAGGUGCACUCUUCCAUUAUCUCCCGAGACAGACGGAUGCCAACAACAUAUUAACAGGGGGGGGGGGGAAUGAGAACAGCACACUUAUCAUAUUUGUAAAGCUCAAAAGAAGUCAAAGCUAUGUAGAAAAUUGUUCUGGAGCAUAUUAGUUCAAUAAGCUGUCCUAGAAAGAUUAUAAUCUGUUUCAGCUUGAUCAUAUGUAAUGCCUCGCACUAUCUUUAGCCUGAAACUAAAUGUUUUUUGAACUAAAUUGUAAUGAAGAGACACCGGCCACUGUUUUGCUGCAGGGUGGUUUGCAUUGGUGGAGAUGGGACUGCCCAUGAAGUUGCUCAUGGUCUUCUGCUUAGAGCCCAGAUGGAUGCCAGGAGGGAUGGUGAUGACAUAAUUGCACCAGUUAAAGCACAAGUUCCUCUUGGAAUAAUACCAGCAGGUGAGAGUAUAUAAAGCAAUGAAUACAAAAAAUAGUACACAUAGUUUUUAUGGUAUUGUGACAGAAUCACUUUCAGAUUUUAUACUGUCUUGGGUUCUGUUAUAUUGUUCUCUUCUUAUUGUUUGAUUUAUUUCUAAAUCCCCAGUUAUUUAUUUUUGCUCCUGGCACAGUCCAUAUUCUUUAUAUGGCACUCUGGAGAUGCCCAUCUUUUCCUCACAGACAUAAGUAUGGCCUAUGUAAACCCAACUUUGAUUCUUAAGUGGACAACCAUUUAUGGGAGCAUGGGCAAGUUGCUGAUCUCCAUUUAUCUUUCUGAGUAGUGGUCGGAUCAUGGCAGACUUCAUGUACCAUGCUGGGUUACCAUGGAGGAAUAUGCAUGUAAAGGGGGUGGAAGCCCUGAGUGGAAAAGUCCUCUCUGGUCUACCAGUAGGUACAAGAUGUUUCAUGCCAUGUCAUUCCAGAGCAGACUUUCAGGAAGCACAAGAGAUUCCCAGGGGAAAUCAGUGAGAGAUAUCACCUGGGCAAUACCUGUUUUUCAACAUUGUGAUAUAUCACUAGCUAAACAUUGUGAUAUACUGAUAUAUCACCAUGUCUGAAAUAAGGAUGGAACAAUGUAGAGCAGGCACCCCCUAACUCAGCCCUCCAGAUGUUUUGGGACUAAAAUUCCCAUCAUCCCUGACCUCUGGUCCUGUUAGCUAGGGAUUAUGGGAGUUGUAGUCCCAAAACAUCUGGAGGGCCGAGUUUGGGGAUGCCUAAUGUAGAGGCAAUGGCUGGCUUCACCGUUUUUCCCACACUGUGAUUUUUGCAUCACACAAACACACACAAACCAAAAAUUAUGAAACCAAUAUUGCAACAUGGAUUUCAAACCUGUUUUGGAUGAUAUAUUGAUAUAUUGCCUGGCCCUAUUCUCUAUAUUAAAUAUAACUUGGGUAUUACAAGUGAGAGAGAUACUGCAAGCUGAUGUGACUAAUUUAAAUUGGUAUCCAACUCAAGUGUUAAUUAUUUUAUCAUGGAUAUGCUACAGUCAGUCUUGAGUGACAUGCUUCAUGCUAUAAGAAUGUUAGUUUUGUGCAGAAUUACAAAACCCGAGUUUUAACUUAGCUGGUUAUUAAAAUCAGUUCUGAGUAGAAAACUAACACCCAGUUCUAGAAUGUUAACAGUCAUUCAGCAUUGUGCUAAAUUGUAGUUUUCCUUGAGAAAAAAACGGAAGAAAGGUUUCGUUAGACCAACAUAACAAGCUACUAUACUGUGGUCAAAAUAAAACCAGUCGGAUGGAAGAAGCCUGUGGUGGUACUGCUGGCUAUUUAGGAAUAGUGUUUGUUGCUAUGGGAACUACAGCUCAGGAACUGUACAGAGGGAUUUGGAGAAAACUGGAAGGACUGGGGGAAAGCAGAUUAAUUGUUAUGAAAUUGUUAUGAAACAGAGGAAUUUUAUAUAUAUUGACUGUAAAUCUCAUAGCCCUGAGAUUUCCGUUAUUUCCUGCUUGCAAUUAAUUUGUGGAGAAUAAUAUAUUGUUAACGAGAUUUUCAAUUUCCAUGAUACUUUGGGCAAAGAACCACGGCGUUGGUGCAGCUUUCAUGAGAUUCUUAGAUAUGCUUGACUAGGAAGUCAUUACAUCACAUUUAUCUGUUUGGAUGUGGUGGAGACAUUAACAGACUUAUGAAUAUUCAUGUUGUCUGGUUAAUUAAGUUAAUUGUUCUGCAGGAGUGCUUGCACUUCCAAAGACAUUUCCCCCCACAAUUUCUGUCUGGUACCUUCAUCAGUCAGGCUUUACGUGAACUGGUACUUUUUCCCUUUCUCCCACACUUUAGCACCCUUUAGGAGAAGGUUUGGUUAGCAGGAACAGAAGCAUUGGAAUAGAAGUUUCAUUUUAUUGGUAGUGCUGUCCAUUUAAAAAAUGUGUCUUUUGUAAUAUGUUGGGAAACACCACAACUUAAGAAGUCGCAACAUUGCCAUUAAUAAGCAGUCUUUUAAUUACCUCUGCACAGUGCUGUCACUUGGGAAAUGAGAAAUCCAUUGGCUUGGAUCCAGGAUACGUUAGUUGUGCUUAGUUCCCAUUGAAAUCUGUGGAACUUAACAUAGCUGUGAUUAAAUUUUUAGAUUGAUUUUAAUGGACCUUAGUGCAACUAGGACUGCAGCCCUAUACAUAGUCACCUUGGGAGUAAGUCCUGCUGAGGUCACUGUGACUUAUGAGUAUACAUGUAUGUUAGGAUUGUAUUAUAAUUUAGCCUAGAUCCAAUCCUUUAUUUCCAUGGAAUAAGUAGCUUUUAGUUACUGUUAUUUGUUUGUAUGCUAGUAUUAUUGCUAGGACCAAAUACAUGUUGAGCACCAGUGCAAUAAUAAUAUCAUGGGACUGUAGAAAUAAUCAAAAGAAUACAUUACCUGGAGCCUUUGUUUCGUGGAGGGAGGCUGCAUAGUGCAAAAUAUUUAAUUAGACUUUGAAUCUUUCACACAAGGAUGGCUGAGAUCCAAAGGUUUUAUGUACUUUGACCUUGACAUAGCAUAACUUCUUAUGUCAAAAAAACACAACUGGAGCUCUUCCAGGUGCAUGUUUAGGAUCUGUGUAACAGACAGGUUAGCUGUUGGAACUCACUCUUGUCCUAGAUUAAAGCCAGAGUAGUAAAUGGAAACAGGUCAGAUCAUGGCUGGCUUUCAAAAUUCCAAGGCAAGAACCCCAGAAAGGAAAUGUUGAACUGAACAUUGGCCGCUGAGGCAACAUGGGCUGGAGCCAGACUUCUUGUGAAUGAAGUUCUGUUCGUAGGUCACAUCUGAAGGAAUGGCAGGAAGAGGCAAUUUUUUGCUGUUUCCUCCUUUGCCCUGUAGUCUCCUGUGCCCCCUGGAAAGCUCCUCUGGAGAGUUGGGGGAUCCUCUGGAACAGCAUCAGAGGUAGUGCUGGGGUGCAAGGGGAAAGAUAAAUGGGCAAGAAUUGUCUUCCAUAAGGAGGCACAGUGGAACCUUGAGAUACGUACCGUCCUCCUUAUGAAUGCUUCGGGUAAGGAGCUCUGCUAACCUGGAAGUAGAUGCUCCUAGUUGCGAACUUUGCCCCAGGAUCUGAGCGGACGUCGUGCGCCAGCAGUGCGGCAGCAGCAGGAGGCCUCAUCAGUGAAAGCGUGCCUCAUGUUAAGAACGGUUUCAGCUUAAGAACGGACAUCCGGAACGAAUUAAGUUCGUAACCGGAGGUAGCACUGUAUGCUUCAAAUUGUAUGCUUUUUUAACAUCUGGUUGUGAGACACUGCCAUAACUCUACAUUAUAGAAAUCAAUCAACUUGGGCAAAUGCUUUUACUAAAGGAAUUCAGCUCCCCACUGGCUUAGAGGAUUCAUUUUGAAAUAUUCUCUUUUGUUAGAAUGAUCUUAUUCACUUUGCCUUCAUUCUUGGACACAUUGUUGAAUAUUUACAGGUUCCACAAAUAUUUUGGCAUAUACUGUGAAUGGCAUACAACACACAGUAACUGCAACACUGCACAUAAUAAUGGGUAAGUAUCCUAUAUCUGAAACACUUUAGGAAAAGAAUUUAUUUAAAAAAACAAUGCUAAUUUCCAUUAGGAGGAGCACUCACUCUUCUAAUAUACAAAGGUGAAAAGACCGCAUUUGCAUGAGGAGGGUGGAAGGAAUUAAUUUCAAAUCUGCUGGGCAGGAUGAUUUUAUUUUUAUUUUAUUAAAUUUCUAUACCACCCUUUAUCCAAAGAUCACAGGGCAGUUUACAAUAUCCUCUGGUAGCAUGUGACUAGCUCUACCUCUUUCGUCCUCUUGUAUUUGUGAAUGUGGGUUGAGGAAGAGGAACAUUUGCAUUCAGGUUACUUCAGAACCUUUUUGCAUUUAGUAAUAUUAGUUUCAAAUAACGAUGUGGCACUUCCUAGUAAGUUGCUUGGCAUUGUUUUCUCAACAUGAAUGCACAAUGCCAUUACUUGUUAAUUUCUGGAAUAAAAUCGAACAAUAGCUUUGUUUUCAGUAUGCAUUACAGUUAAAGAGAGGACCACUUCUAGGCAUUAUAAUUACUGCUAAGCACGGCACCUGCCUUUCGAAGAGAGGAUUACUUUGAACAUUUCUUGCCAUUGUUUGAAAGGAGGGUUUGUGACAAAUGGUCCACUUUGCACUCGCAUUCUUCCUUUGGCCUAUUGAGAACUGCAUACUAUUUCUUUCACAGCUUGGUCUCCCACUUAAGUGACACUGACUCAUUGUCCCACUGCGACAAUGGCUCAAAGGACUCUAAGGAAUGCUCUUAUUUUGUGUGUUCUUCCUGCCCCCAUUUCUUACUACUGUUCUAUUGUUUCACAUCCUCUUGUGAAAGGGUGUAGCAGUUGCCAAUCUUGCUAGGAGGGCAUUGGAGGCAGUCUCACUCUUAGUCUCAGGGUCUUGGGUUUGAGCCCCACUUUGGGCUAAAAAAUCCUGCAUUGUAGGGUUUGGACUAGAUGACUUGCAUGGUCCCUUCCAACUCUACAAUUCUAUGAUUCUCCCUCUCUGAAUUUUGAGUCUGAAAUCACAGAGUAUUCCAGAUUCAUGCUCACGUUCUGUAUGCCUUGUGCCAAAGUCUGUUCCAGGAAUAAUUGGUGGGUAAACAUUUAACUAGGAAAAGAAAUUUCUUACUGGCUUAUACAUAAGACUGUCACUUUAUUGGGAAACAGUGGGUAUGGGAGUAAUUAGUAUUACUAAGAUCUGCCCUAGAAAUAUGUUUGAAAGAUAGGGUAGAAAUGCCUGCAAUCAGUACAGGUUUUGUUCAAAAUAAGCUAUGUUUAUUUGCAAGGGGAAAGACAACUCAGUGUAAUAAAGGCACAUUUAAAUCAAUGUGCUCUUUGUUUAUUAUGUUAUGUUCACAUGUUUGCUUUGUGUUUGUGCUAUUUUACCUGAAUGCCAAGUAAUCUGUCUACUUCAUAGCUGAAGGUUACAGAUUUUCCACCUUUAUUGGAUUAAUUGGAGUGACUUUCUGGAGUUAGAAAACAGAACAUUUUCAUUCAUCUAGGAAUUUAAUAUUGACAGAAAAGUAUAUAGGGGUCCUGACUUUGCAGAUAUUUUAAUUGCCUUUUAAAAUUGAUAAAUACUGAGGACUCUCAUUUGGUUGUGGGCCACCUUAAGCCCUGUGAUGAAAGUUGAGGAAAAAUGAAAUAAUAUGUGUAUGGUACCAUUUCAGGGCAUGUACAGUCAGUGGACGUGUGCACUUUCAGUAGUCCAACCAAGCUUCUUCGCUUUGGGUUUUCAUCAAUGUUUGGGUUUGGAUCAAGGGCUCUGGCUUUGGCUGAAAAGCAUCGUUGGAUGCCAUCAAGUCAGCGAAAAGAUUUUGCUGUGCUCAAGACACUGGCAAGUCUGAAGUACGAUGAAUUUGGUUUUUUAAAAUUAUGUUUGUGUUAGUUUUUAGUUUAGUUUUUUUCAAAAAAGAUUUGUACCAUUUGGACCAAAACACAUGAUUUCAUAUUAUUACCAGUUUGCAAAAGUUUAAUGAUUGUAGUUGGGUAGUAUUAGUAGAUAUUAUACAGAUAAUAAUGACCAGUGGUAGCUGACCAGUGGCCUUCCAGCUGUGGUUGGGUCAUUUUCCAUCAGCCCCAGCCAGCAUGGCUGAUGGUCAGGGAUGGCUGAAAUUGUCAUCCCACAAUAUCUGGAGGGACACAAAUUAGGUACUCCUGAUCUAGACUAAUAACUACUGUUGGGUUGCAAUCAUACCCAGCUCCGUGUCAGUAAACUUCUCCAAAUUCAGUUCUCCAAAACCAGUGGGAUUUACUGUGACAUAGAUAUGUAUAGGACUGCAUUGUAAACCUUACAGAAUAGUAACGUGAAGAAAAAAUUGUAAUUGUUUAAACCUUGUUGUGUGCACACCUAAUAAACAUAAGAUAAGAUAUAAUAACUAAUCUUGUUCUGUCCUUAGACCAGAAUAUUGUGAAUUAUCAUUUCUACCUUUGGAGCAAGAUGCUCAGGGGGAGGAUACGUAAGUAAGACUCAGACAAACAACCACAAGUCUGUAUAUUCCAAACUUUAUCCUAUAACAGUUGCAACCCAACUUCAGCUAAAUUGUAAUGAAUGUAAGCACUGUUUGAUUUCAAUGCAAUUUAAAUGUGACAAGCAUUAGUUGGAUUGGGACCAUUGUAUUGCGGAUCAUGUUUUCUUAAAGAAAAUGAUUAACCAUGCACUUAGAUAUUAUUGUUUCCGAUUUUAUUAUAAGUAGUUCAGAGCUGUCACCAGCACACUCCGCCCCGAAAGCUUUAAUCAGAAUUCCUGUUGUUUUAGAAAUAAUGUGCUUAAGAUCAAAAUGAAAUCCCACUUUUCUUUCAAACAAUAAUUUGCAUUUCCUAGCUGAGUGUUCAAUCUUCAAUUAAAUCACAAACAUGUUGUGCUUGUUUUUAUUUUUUGUUCCACGUCAUUCCGUGCCCGUUAAUUAUUUUAUCUGAUGUGUUUAUUUUUAGAAAGCAGCAAAAGAGACUUAAAUCUGGUAAGUUUCCAAGUUUAAUCACUUAGCAGGAGAAUUAGGUUUUACUUGAAGUAAUACGGUGUGGUGUUAUAUUUAGACAGCAGGGAUCACUGGCGCAGAAUCCAGGGUCACUUCCUGAACGUGAGCAUUAUGGCAAUCCCUUGCCUCUGCUCAAUGGCACCAAGAGGCUUGGCACCUAAUACCAGGUCAGUAAGGAUUUACAGAAUUAGAGUAAUGUCUCUAAAUUCUGACAACUUAUUCUAAUGCCUUGGCUUUCCCAAGAAUGCAUGCUUGUGUCACGAACAGUCUAGACCCUCUGAGGUUCAUGGGGGGGGGUGAAGAUAGUUGAGUUGGACUACCAUUGACUCCCUGAUCUCAGGAAUUGUAAUCAGUUUUUGGAGCAGGCAGCUGAGGUCACCCACCUAGAAAUAAUCAUUGGAUAAUUACAGUGAUUAAAUUAGUUUACAAGUCUGACUUAAGUGGUAGUCAUCAAGUAAUAAUCUCCCUGGGGCUUGUUGAUAGGAAAUCUAGUUCUUUAGAUCUGACUGAUUGAUUGUUUCAAUACUUUUCUUUCUUUGCAGUUUUCAGUAUUUGUUACUACAAUAACGUCAUCUUGACAGUAAAUCAGUCAGAUCUUAUUAUCAGAGAUGCUUUGACAUAGUUUGACUGCAGUAUUUGCAAAACUCUUAAAAUUGUUUGUCUUCUUCACCAUAGAAAUCUUAAGAUUUUCUACCGGAGCUCACAAUCUCAGGGUAGAUAUCAAACCGUGGUUGUGAGAAAUAACUCUUUGGGUCCUCAUCAGUCUCUUUAGUGUUCCCCAAUGUGGCCAGUAUAGGAUCCUUGCCACAAUCCACAAAAUUACUGCAUUUCCUUCAGGUCAAGUAAGUUGAAGCCCUUAAGGGUUUGACUUGCUAGUAGCUGCCACUACAUGUUACAACAUCAGCAUUUUAUGCCAUCAGUGGGACUGACUUGCAUAUGAUUGCACUCCCACUGUACAUACAGUUGAGGAAUUGAUCCAGCAUGUGUUUCCUUUUCCUUUCUUGUAGUGCCUCCUACCUUUCAUUUUGGGUAGAGUGUCUGUUUUGCCUAGGCUGAAUUUGUGGCAGGCAUUGGAUUUAGGAACAAAUAAAAAGGGUCAUGUAGAAAUAUAGUUAGAAUGGUAUUUUAACAUACAAAAUUGUACGGAUACAGGAGACUCCCAAGUUUAGAACAGAAACUAUUGGUUAACAUUUACAGAACCGAGGAGCGUGCCAGCGUUUUCCUGUUCCCACCUCUGAUUUUACCAGUAGGGUGUUUUGUUAUCAAAGCGAAUCACAACAGGUCAAUUACUAAAGGCUGCCCCAAAUGAGAGAGAAGGAAAGACAUUCAGCACUGUAGAGGUGUUUGGACUGAGCAUUUUAAUUUUAAAAUAUUGGCAUGGUAGAAGUAAUGGAGCCAAUGAAGUAGUUCCAUUAUUUAAAAAAUUGUGUUAUUAUUUAAUUCUGAAAAUAAGUAUAACCCGUAACCUCGCUGAUAAUAAAAAUAGAUGAUUCUGAAUAAGUCAACAAUGAGAUCAAAGAUAAUUGUGUUAAUUCCAUACUUUACUGAACUAUGCCAUUUUUAGAUUGAAUGAUGGAAGCAUGGCGCUUAUUGUUGUGCGGAACACUUCUCGUCCGGAGUUUGUUAAGCACCUGAAAAGAUAUGCUAGUGUGAAAAACCAGGUAAAGGUUUACUUCUGCAACCCAAACUUGUUUAGAUUAGAUUUCUUUAAUCGCUGUGCCCAACAGAGGGCACAGAAGAUGGAAAUGUGCACAACACAUCACCCCUCCCUCCCGAAAGAGUAUCUAAAACAUAACAUGAUGAAGCAGACAAAACUUUAAGAUGGGAAGUAAAUGCUCCAGGAGAUAGUAGUGCCUUGGUAAGGAGACUUAACCUCCUGUCAGAGUAGAUUAGCCCACUUUUAUCUGAUUUUUGAAAAUCACCAAUCAGACUAAUACCGAUUAGCCUAUUUCCACCCAUCUGUUGUGGUUUAGUUAUAUAUGGUUCUUAUAUACAGGAGUUACUAGAGUGUAAAGCUGCUAAACUGAUUUUAAAAGGGGGGUGGGGGUGGUAAACCAGAAACACUAUUGUAUUUAAACAGAGACUUCACUGAGAUUAAGGGCAAGUGGAGACCCUACGUUUUGUGGGUGGGAUUUAUUUAUUUUAGUUUCACCUAUAUGCAGAGCACAGGUGGACAACAUACACAAACAGCAGGCAACCCAGUAUCAAACACCACAAUUUAUCCACAAAGCUUCAAUGUACAUGUUUGAGAGUGCAUACAUGUGUGCAUAUCUAUACACACACACACACACACAGCACUCAUCCAGUUCAGUAGAUCUGGAGUCUUGGCGAAGGUGCUUAUCGAGAUUCAUUCUGUAGUGCUCAGCAAUGAAGAACAUCACAUUAAAUUGGGUUGGGAAUCCAUAUUUUUUGGGGGGCUCUCAGCAGCCUCAGCCAGCAUGGCCAAUGGUUUGGGAUAAUGAGAGUUGUAGCACAACGCCGUCCGGAAGACCACUGGUUUCUCCCUGCCCAACCCCAAGAUUUGGAAAACAGGGGAUUCAAAAGUUACAGGGGAUGAAGUACUAUUCUAAAUUAAUGACCAGUGUGUUGAGUCUCCAGGCUAAGGCUCAUUGUCUUUGGGCACAAAUUCUGGCUGAUAAAGUGAACUGCAAUGCAGGGCUUGGUGCAAUGCAUUGCUGCCAUAAAUCCAAAGGAAAAGAAUGAGCUUUCCUUCAUCUUAUUGAAGUGGAUAAGAUAAGUCCUCUUUAGGAGUUAUCGGUGGCAGGAAACAUGAGAGCAGGGGGAACGCAGGCUUUCUUGGUUCUUUUGCUUUUAAAACUACAUGUUUAAGGAGAUGCAGCUAAACACUAUGGAGUCAUUUGAGAUUAUUACUCCAUCUUUUUUCUUUAAUGAAAUGAAAGCAUAAGGUAACACCCAUCCUAUAAGGGGAGGGGGAAUCUCCUGUUUUAUUUACAAAAUUGUAUCUUCUGUUUUUGUGUGUUAGUUCAAUUUUCCAUUUGUUGAAGCUUUCAUUGUUGAAGAGGUAAAAGUCCAAUCAAGAACUAGAAAGGAACGCAUCACUAGAGACAACUUGAAUUCCAUAGAUCCUGAAGAAACGAACUACCCAUGGAAUAUAGAUGGAGAGUUAAUGGAAUGGCCAUCGGAAGUUUGUGUCCGGUAGGGUGAAGUGUAGUGAUAUGCGAUUGAUUGAUUGAUUGAUUGAUUGAUUAUGAUUGAUCGUUGUAAGCCCUAAGUGGUCCAUUAAUCAAUGCCUGCUGUUCCUCUGCUUUUUAAAGUUGAGUAUGCCAUAGUUCAAGACUCUGAACUAGAGAAUUGGCAAGUUCAUCAAAAACCAUGUUGAUUUUUUUGCUUAAUCCCUGCGUUUUUGCUCAUUUUCUGUACAGUCCUGAUGCUAUUGUAGCUCUGCAGGUGCACACACAGAAUGCAAUACUGGAAUUCCACACUGUGCUUCUGCAUGAGUCUUUCUUUAGCCACUACAGUGGUACCUCAGUUUACGAACUUAAUCCAUUCCGGAAGUCCGUUCUUAAACCAAAACCGUUCUUAAACCAAGGCAUGCUUUCCCUAAUGAGGCCUCCCGCUGCUGGUGCCCUUCCACCAUUCAGAUUCCAUUCUUAGACUGAGGUAAAGUUCACAAACCGGGACACUACUUCCGGUUUUGGGGAGUUCUUAAACCGAAUCAUUCGUAAACAGGACUGCUCUUAAACCUAGGUACCACUGUAUUCCAUUAAGCAAAGUACUUUUGCCUUCUUCCUGGGACAUUGGUAAUAUUGGGAUCCUUGGCUGGGGUCUUUGCUUCUGACUCCAGCCUGCUGCUGCUGGCUGAGCCCUGCUCAGUGCCCUUUCCUCUGCCUUCUUUAUCUAGAACUGUACAUGGGAUGGGGGGGGAGCUUGCACAAUAAAUAGAAGUCGAAUCACACCAGCUCGCACCUGUAUGUUGCCAUUGUUGACCACAUGUGAAUUUUUGUAGGGUACAGACUGCGUUCUGUGGAUGUUAGGCCUGUAUCCAGUGCGCCAAAAUUGGGCAGUGCAGACUUAACAUUAUACCAAUCCCUUAUUAUGCACAUUGGAAAUGUGUGCCUAGAGUUUAGUGCUGAGUGACACAUUUCAACAUCAUUUUAUGAUACAUUGUUCUCUUUAACAAAUGCUUUAGGCCAUAUCUAAGCAAAUCGCAUAGCCCUGUAGACCAGAAAAUGUCACAAAAUUGCAGAUGGAUUUUACUUCCUUGCUGCAUUCUGUUCUUGUGCCUGUUGUGAUUGUAUAGCAAAACAUUCAGCAGGCCACUGAAACCAGUAUGAGAUUCAUGCUGUAGUCCAGUUCUAGCUGAUAACUUUGGUUUAUUUCUCAUGAAGGACAGACUUCAAAAUCUCUGUCCUUGAAAUUUCACUUGUGCUGUUUUUAGUAGUGAUGCUACAUAGUUCAGAGUCAAUUCAGUUUUACCGAGCUUGCUUGCUGCAUGAAUGACCCAUUCAUAUUAAUUCCAUACACAAAUAUCCCAGGCACUAAGGCGGACCCAUAUAAUCUAGGAAAGUAACUUUAUGAGAAAUGUUUAGAUUGUAAUAGGAAGAGGAUUUUUAAAUUUUCUGUAGUUUAUCCUGUGUGCUCAGAUAAAAUGCCACAGCAAUACUGCAGAGAAGUAAUGGAUUUCCUGUUUUCUUCCUAUUACCAGGGUACAUCCCCGAUUAAUUAAUCUAUAUGGCAAGAGUGUUGGUGCAGUGGAUAAUCCAAAAGGAUCAUGCAGCUGUCUAUAGAAACAAUCUAGGAAGAGAAAUUAUGGAUUUUGCUGCUAAAUCGAACAACUCAGUGGUAUACAAUAUGACUGAUGCAGAUUGAAACCCAAGCUUUGGAUGAGGCAAAUCCCCAACGCAUACUUAUUUCUGCAGGAAAACUGAAUGAUUUUUAUAUACUUGAUUGACAUUUUUCAAAGACUGAGGAGAGGGGCUGCAGGGAUAUGCUACACAGGUAAGGAAGGUGUGGGAGGAUGUGGGUUUGUGUGUGCCCUUCACCAGAAGAGAGAGGCCCUGGAAAUUGGGUUCUGUGGCUGUUUUCCUGCUUCUUUCAAAGUGGCAGUAGGCAGAACAUUUAAGCCUCUCCACAGUUUAGGCAGGGUAGCAUUCUUCACCCAAGCUCCCAUGCAUUGCUCAGUGAGUCUAGCUUUUCCCAUUACUUUUUAUGACUUCCACUGUUUCAGUUCUGCAAACCAUUCUGCACAUUUCAGUACUGCUGAAAAAAGUGUGUUCCGUUAAACAUUUAAGAAGACCCUUAAACUUUAUGCCAUAUUCGGUCCCUCCCUAAUGCAAAUAAUUAAGAAAAAUGCUUAAUUUUGGAUUGUGGCCCUGUGAGAACCAAUUACAGUUGAGUAAACAUGUUAUAGCAUAACUGUACUUGCACCUUUUGGCUGCAUUCCUGUGCAUGCUUACCUGAGAGUAAGUCCACUUGAAUACAGUAGGAUUUUCCUCUUAUUGAAUAUGAUUGCACCAGUAAUCUUCAAGGUGGGGGUGAAACAACAAAACUAAUUUUGCCAAGUUUUCUGGAAUAAUUUGACAAAUACUUCAAAUACAAAAAAGUGAAUUUAUUGAAGUUGGACUCUGAGCAGUUACAAUUGAUAUGUGGAUUUAUUUAUUUUUAACUGGCAGAGCAUUUUGAACUGACAUGCUAUCACAUCUUAUUUGUAUGCAAACUUUUAUUGUUAUUUUCAUAACGACACUUUUAUCCUUGUUUGUAAGUUAAAUUAUGACAACUUUCUAAAUAUUUGUGUGUCAUUGAAUUGGUAAAAAAUGUAGAUCCAGGUCACUUUUGUGCUAUGUUUCAGAGUGUUUAAUGCUGUUUUAAACUUUGAGGUAUACUUUGUGACAGCACAAUGAUUUGGGGGUUAAAGUGCAGUGUUUCACUUCUGUCUUGAACCCUAUUUUAAAAGAUGAUAAUUAAAAUAUAUUGAACAACAAAAUCUGCUCUAAAUAUAAUUUCAGACUUCCUUAUAUAAACCUGCUCUUAAACAAAAUAAAUAGAAUGGAAGGAAUAUGACUGCUACAUUUCCCUGAUCAAAGAAGUCAGUGGGAGAAGAAUUACUUCAAUAUAAUUUUAAUUUGGAUGCUCUGAUUGGAUAUAUCUACAAAAAAAAAAAAAUCUGGCAAACUGGAAUCUAAAGACUGACAUUAAAUAUAUAUAUAUCAUAGAUUGCUGGUUCUGAUGGUUUUGUUCCAUGAACACACGCAGCUUCAGUUCAAAGAAGGUGAGCUCCGCAUAGGUGUUGGGGCAGCUAUCUUGUGAAUGGAAAUUCCUAUUCGCUAAGGAUCCUGCAGUCUUGAGUUUCAUAAGGGGCAGACCUAUCCAAGCUUCUGAAAUGCUGGAGAGAUGGAAACCUCUCCUGUCAGGGGCAGCCAGCAGAAACGAGGGAGUUUGGGGACGGGGCCAUUUCAAAAUCCUCUGCUGAAUCUCAUCCACCAUCACUAGGGAAAGGGCCCAGGGGCUUGGAUUUACUCCUGAACCACUGUCUCCUUCAGAAAGUAGAUGCUUUGUUGUGGCACAAAUAUCAAUUUCACAUGCAUGUGUUAGGGUAUAGAGGAGGGUGAAACAGCUAU